AUGGCCAAUAACAUCCUUCGAAUCUUUAUCUGGAUUCUCGGGACCAGUGCUUUCAUUGGCAACGUCCUUGUUGUUGGCUAUAGACUCAUCAAUUCUGGAUGGGGCCGGCAUACAACCGUCCAAUCAAGUCUGAUCACCAACCUAGCCGUCUCUGAUUUCUUGAUGGGUUUGUACAUGAUUUCAAUAGCUUCCGCUGAUGUCUAUUAUCAAGGGAACUAUGCUGCUCAUGCUGAUGACUGGCAGGAUAGUAUCCUGUGCAAGGUUGCGGGUAUCACUUCCGUUGUCUCGAGCGAGGCUUCUGUGUUUCUGAUCACGGUCAUAAGCAUUGAUAGGUGUGUCCAUGUGGUGUCGCCAUUUAAACUGCAACUACACCUCUCUGUUCGUGGUGCCCGAGUAGUUGAGCUCAUCAUCUGGGCCCUCGCCGCCUUCCUUGGCAUUCUACCAACUCUUAUCCCGGAUUUCGUCGAAGGGAAGUUCUACGGUCAAUCAGGAGUCUGUCUGGCUCUACCCCUAACAGUCGAUCGUCCUGCAGGAUGGCACUACUCUAUCUCCUUGUUCAUAGGUGUCAACUUCGUGGCGUUCCUGGUGACCCUCCUGUGUUACAUAUCCAUCUACUGCAUGUUUCAGAUGUCGAAGCAGCGGAUCGUCGGGAAAAGGAACAAGUCUAAGGAGGAUAUGCGAUUGGCUGAAAACAUCAAGCUGGCAUCUAGGAUGGCGCUUGUUGUUGGUACAGACCUUGUUUGUUGGUUACCAAUCAUCGUCAUGGGCUUGAUGUCAGCGAGUGGAACUCUGACAAUUUCUGCACAGGCGAGUUUCCGUUACCACACUUGUAAUAAUGUGGUCGUAGACAAAUUCAGGGCAGAGCAAAUUGCCCUCAUGAUUAUUUGGGGGCAUGUGUUGUUCGGUUUGUUAGAUUGCUGGUCAAACCACGGGCUAUCAUCCGUCACUCGUAGGGAAGAUUAG